AUGGGAGGGGACACUGGUGAUACGAGGAGUCUGGUAACAGUGGUUUGGGCAGUCAAUCUUACGGCUUUCGUUCUCGUCGGAAUAGUAGUGCCUCUCCGGAUCAUCGUCCGCUGCACUGUAACACGGAAUUUUUUCAGCGACGAUGUGCUCCUGAUCAUCGCCGCGCUCUUUACUUUCGCAGUAUGCGCGCUACUUCCAAUCGCGACCGACCUAGGACUCGGUCAGCACUACUGGAAUCUCGAUGCUGAAUUUCUCCCCGACAACACCAAGAGCUUACUCCAGCUCAUUUUCAUUGCUAAUACUUUAUACCCCUGUGCGAUCGCGUUUACUCGUCUCUCAGCAAUCGGCUCUUUUCUCAGACUCAUAACACAAAAAAGCGCGCGUUGGAUCAUGUACGGUGCGGCGGUGAUCGCUGGAGGGUUCGGCUUGGCAUCCGUAUUUGCCGUCAUCUUCCAAUGCAAGCCCAUCACGGCAGCAUGGAACUCUUCGACUAGCGGCGCGACGUGCUAUCCAUUCAUCGACUUCCUUCAUGCCAGCGCGGCUUUGAAUAUUGCGAUCGACAUGCUACUAUGUACAGUGCCGCUGCCGUAUAUCUGGAACAUAAAGAUGGCAAUAGGCAAGAAAGUUUUGCUCACGAUCCUCUUUGCCUUUUCUGGGCUAUCAUGUGCCGCGGCGAUCCUCAAGCUUGUCAACCUAGAGCCUCUGAACGAUUCUGACGUGACCUACAGCUGGGUCUCAUGGGUGCUCUGUUCCAUCGCUGAAUGCACCAUCGGCAUCGUCUGUAUGUCGAUACCGCCGAUCAUUCCCCUCUUAACCAAGUGCUCCCGCAACAAGCCACCCACGCCUCGAAAGGAAAGAAGCAAGUCGUUGCGGUAUACCUUAUUCGCCGAAAAGCCAACGUUCAGCCGUGCUGUGGCGCCGCGAGUCAUCAGGCCGAUGGCGACACCGUGGAAGGAUCAACCGCUCGAGAGGACCGUUAACCCGGACUUUAAGCCAGAGUUCCAUUGGUUGAGGUUGGAACAGCAAGAAUUUGGCCGUUGUUGGGACAGGAGUCCUCAGUCUACUAAGGCUGAUCAGGUUCUCGGAAUUGCGUUAUAGACCUCC